GGCUUGGUUUUUCUUCUUCACACUAACAACAUUGUUGCUCGGCUUCGUAUCACUGACUUUCUGCGGUUACCUCUUCUUAAUUGGACAUGCUGAUUAUUUCAUCUGGUUUGGGACAUUCAUGCUAACCUUACUUACGUCUGUCUCGGCGUUGGCCUUCGUCUGCACCAUUAUUAAUCUGACGAGUGGAAUGACGACGAACGAGCGGGCAAACUGGGCGCGGUACUCCUACUUGAUCGAUUCAAGGGGUAGAUUAAUGAACCCUUUCAACAGAGGGUUCUUUAGAAACGUCGCCGAAUAUUUCAGUAUCAGUAAUUACGACGAGGUGGCUAGGAAUUUUAUUAAAGUCAAAAAGUUGCAAAUUGUUUAA